ACCUCAGUUAGCUGGGUGCAAGAACCCCGCAACGCAGAGCAGCUUCUUUGGACCCCACCAUUAUUCCUUCGUUACCGACCAUAUCUUACUGUGCUCACACAGACACCGCGGCGGUCCUUAGCGGGGCACAGCGCAUGCUUUCUUGAGAAGGAUCCUGACUGAGUUUUGGCUGCGACUGCGGUGGUGUUUUCGAGUCCCAGAGUACACUGCCACUUAUCUCCAGUCCUAAACUCUUCGAGUCAAGCAAAUACCAGUAUGGCCAGCCGCGGUCAACAACAAGGAGAGGCAGUUGACCUCAACACCCUCAGCGCCCAGCAGCUGAGUGCCGUCAAGAAGCAGCUCGAUGGCGAAGUCGAGCAUCUCUCAAGCUCAUAUGCCCAGCUUGCCGCGGCCCAAGCAAAGUUCAAGGAGUGCCUGCGGAUAGUCAAGUCGGGCUCCUCCUCUCUGGACAAGGACAAGUCCAUCCUCGUCCCCCUCACCAACUCGCUCUACGUCAAGGGCCGGAUUGCCGACCCGGAUCGGGUGCUCGUCGACGUUGGGACGGGCUUUUACGUCGAGAAGGACACCAAAUCUGCCGCAGAGUUCUACGAAGCCAAGGUCAAGGAACUUGCUGGCAAUAUCCAAGGGCUAGAAGGAAUCGUGCAGGCCAAGACAAACAACCUGCGCGUUGUGGAAGAAGUUCUACGGCAAAAGGUGUUGGCACAAGGAAGUUCAGGCGCAGCAGCACCAGCAUCGUCAUAGCACGGCCAUACGAAGACAAGGGUACGGGUGGAAACUUAUUGAUAAGGAUAAUCUCCCGCAUAAUCUCCCGCAAAAAGACCUCUCCAUAUUGUUUCACCGAGUGAAUGUCAUCAGUUGUGUUCCAUGUGUUCUUGGAACCCAGGCAGGUCAAUAGACACCUCUGAUGUUACAUUACGCCC